AUGCUUCGCCGGGCAGUUGUCCGAGCUACCCGUUGCUCGGCCGCGCCGCUACGCACAACUGCUUCCAUCAGCUCCCGUGCACGAUUCUUCGCCACAACCAUGUCAAGAAUGUCCGACGUUAAUCCACCCGUCUCUACUGCUCUUCCGUCCGACGCCUUCCAGCUUCUUCCCGAGACGGAAAAGGCUGGCGCCGCAGAAGAUGCUCUCUACGAACAACAAAUCAAGGACGUCGAGGCUUGGUGGGCGAGUCCCCGUUUCGAGGGAAUCAAGAGACCGUAUACUGCCGCUGAUGUCGUUUCGAAGCGUGGCUCGCAGCUGCAAAGCUACCCAAGCUCGCUCAUGGCUAGGAAACUCUUCAACUUGGUUCAGGAGAGGCUGGCCAAGGGUGAGCCAAUUCACACCAUGGGCGCCAUUGAUCCGGUGCAAAUGACGCAACAAGCACCUCACCAAGAAGUCCUCUAUCUUUCUGGCUGGGCUUGCUCUUCCGUCCUCACCUCUACCAACGAAGUAUCUCCCGAUUUUGGCGAUUAUCCAUACAACACGGUUCCAAAUCAGGUUCAGCGCAUGGCCAAGGCGCAAUCAAUGCACGACCGAAAGCAAUGGGAUCUGCGCAGAAAACUGUCGCCUGAUGAGCGAGCAAAGACCCCGUACGUCGACUACUUUCGGCCGAUCGUCGCGGACGGUGAUACUGGACACGGUGGGCUCAGCGCAGUUCUGAAAUUGGCAAAACUGUUUGCCGAGAACGGGGCAGCGGCUGUUCACUUUGAAGAUCAGCUGCAUGGCGGGAAAAAGUGCGGUCAUUUGGCCGGCAAGGUGCUGGUGCCUACAGGCGAGCACAUCAAUCGACUCCUUGCAGCUCGAUUCCAGUGGGACGUGAUGGGCUCUGAGAACCUCGUUCUAGCUCGUACCGAUUCCGAGAGCGGAAAGCUCAUCUCAAGCGCCAUUGAUGUCCGCGACCAUGAAUUUAUCUUGGGCGUGGCAGAACAAGGUAUUGCGCCUCUAGCAGAGACUCUGCAGGCCAUGGAGGCUGCGGGUGCACCGGGCCCGGAAAUUGAUGCAUUUGAGGCCGAGUGGGUCAAGAAGACACGGCUUGUUACCUUUGAUGAGGCUGCGGUCGAGCAAUUGCGUGCACAGGGAGUGUCAGAGGAACAUAUUGGCGCAUACACUAGAGAAGUCGAAUCCAACAACAACUUGGGAAUAAGCAAACGUCGUAAGCUCGCCAACCAGUAUGCCAGCCAGCCCAUUACCUUUGACUGGGACGUUCCGCGUACGCGUGAAGGCUUUUACCACUUCCGGGCGGGCAUGAAGGCUGCAACCAAGAGAGCCAUUGCCUUUGGCCCAUACGCAGAUCUGCUGUGGGUGGAAACAGGCGAUCCUCAAGUCGAGGUUGCGGCCAAGCUGGGUCGUGCAGUCAGAAAGGUGCAUCCCAACAAGGGUCUCGUCUACAAUCUGUCUCCUUCAUUCAAUUGGAUGGCACAUGGCUUUACUGAUGCAACUCUCAAGUCUUUUAUUUGGGAUAUUGCAAAGGAGGGCUUCGUAUUGCAGUUGAUUUCUCUGGCAGGUCUUCACAGUACUGCCACCAUUACCAAUGAACUCGCAAAGGAGUAUAAGAAGGAUGGCAUGCUGGCAUACGUCAAUCUCGUCCAGAGAAGAGAAAAGGAGCUUGGAUGCGACGUUUUGACACACCAAAAGUGGAGCGGUGCUAGUUAUAUCGAUGGUAUUCUUGGGGCCAUUCAGAGUGGCAGCAGCGGCAGCAAGAGUAUGGGCGAGGGUAACACGGAAGGUCAAUUUUUGUAA